CCUCGUUCCUGUCUCGCCUAUCCUACUAUUGCCAUCUCCAUCUGUCCCUCACCCACGUGCCUCUCUCGACACUCUCGGCCACCAUCCCCUGUUCGUCGCAUGAGCAGACUGGACUAGAAAGGUACGGAUUCUGAGCGUGGAAUGCGCCGUCUCUCGAGUGCUUCCCCGCAACGUGCCUGAGAGACAAUCAAUCGCUCCGCCAUGGGGAAUACCAACAGCUCCACAAGGGAGUCGAGAACGACCGCCUCACGAUCGCGUGCCGCCACUGCCAACAAUGGAAGCUCUAGCAAUGGAGCGAACGACAACACCAUGUACAGUGUGCGUAGUGGGCGUACAAGCAGGCAGAACCUCUCCUUCCUCCAUCUUGGCUCCAGCAGUCGAGGAGACCAAUCCCGUACCGAGGAACCACGACGCGAGACCAAGCAGGAGAGAGAAGCUCGAAAGCGUGAAAAGGAGCGUCUAGCAAGAGACAAUGAACGUGAGCGCAGUAUGAAGGAGGAAAACGUUGACGGCGGUUACUUGGUCACGCUGGGAACAUACGUUGGUCCCGAGGACUUCAACAAGACUGUCGUGCGCCAGCUGAUGAUUGAACGCCGUCUGGCGCCAUUCUGGAAAGGACUCAACGACCAUUCCGACUCGUGGACCGAGAACCAGCUGGUAGCUGUGGCACGAGGCCUCCCUCUCCCUGCUCCCGACGACCCUCCGCUCCCAGACCUCGAAGUCCCCACCGGCAGCGACUUCGACUCGCUUACCAUUCCCAUCUCCUCCCGUUCGCAAUCAUACCAAUCCGAUCACACAUCAACCCCUCAGAGCGCCACUUUCCCCCGUCCAGGCACCGCCUCACUACCCUCAGCCUCGGGUUCUCGAGGUCUCUUCCGUGAUCGUGCAAAGACGCUGGCUUCCCUGGGCACCUCCAACAAGAACAACAACGCUUCAUCAACCUCCAUCGCUCCUCAAGAGAUUCAACUGCCACGAGACCCACGAGUCAAUGGCUCUCCUCUUGAGGCUGUUCUGUAUAAAGAUGCCGCGGAAUGUCCCAUCUGCUUCAUGUACUACCCUCCGCACCUUAACAAGACACGCUGUUGUGAUCAGCCCAUCUGCUCAGAGUGCUUCGUACAGAUCAAACGCCCGGAUCCGCAUCCUCCGGAGCAUCACGAUGAUGAAGGAAACCCUACAACCGAUGAAGAAGGAUUGCUGGUCUCAGAGCCUGCUGCAUGUCCCUUCUGUGUGACACCUGAGUUUGGUGUCAGCUAUCAGCCUCCAUCCUUCCGUAGAGGUCUUGUAUUCUCCGGUCCCGUAAGCAGUCCAGCCCCGACUAGUAACCCAUCUCCGGAUGCAUCGACGCUUUCUUUGGCCGUGCCGAAUGGUAGACGACGUACGACUUCUCUAUCAGCAUCCGCUCCCACUGUCAUUAGUACUGAUAGAGUCCGACCGGAUUGGGCAAAGAAGCUAGCCGAUGCUAGAGCACAUGCUUUGCGACGAUCCGCUGCUGCAACAGCUCUCCACAACGCUGCGUACAUGCUCGGUAGCCAGCAGCCAUCGGACUCACGCUCGUUCGGUGGUCUUGGUCGCCGUCGUCGUACACUCAUGGCAGAUGCCUCUGCCAGUGCAAGUGGGGCUGGUACCCCGAGACCUGGCGAUAACGGCCAGGUUGGCACCUUGUCUGACCUGAUUGCUCACAUUGAAGGUUCAGGAGCAAGCACAGAGCCUCGCCCCACAGGCAGAAGAAGUCGCGCUCAUGACCUGGAGGACCUUAUGAUGAUGGAGGCUAUUCGACUAUCUCUAGCUUCUGAAGAAGACCGCAAAAAGAAGGAGGAGAAAGAAGUGCGAAAGGAAGCGAAGAGACGAGAGAAGGAAUCUGCCAAGGAGGCGAAGAAGGCAGAGAAGGUCGCAAGAAAGACUGGAAGUCUUUACAGCGCCAGCUUGAACGGCAGCACUGUAGCGUGGUCUGACAUGACACGAUCUACGAGUAAUAUACCGCGCCCUCAGACAGCUCUUUCGACGACUUCGUCGCCACCGCCACCAGUUCCUCCCGCAGCAGGUAAAGGUAAAGCACCUGCCACCGCGGUCUAUGGUUUCAAUUCGCUUAGCGAACCGACGUCGACUCUGAACACCGAGGUUGCAGAGCAGACCGCAGGUUCUCAGAGACAUCUCGAGGAGUCCAGAGCCAAUAUGCCUCAGACAACACAGCCCAUUUCAUUCCCGGAAACUUUGCAAAAUCGCUCUCACCUUCGCCACAUCUCAAACGCUUCGUCAGCAGCAUCAUCGAUGCUCGACUCUGCACCUGGCAGCUACCAACGGACGCCGAACCACCAAAUGUCUCCCAAUGCUAGUGCGACAGUGCUAGACGAUGGUGCUGGCACUCCGGACACACAGUCUGGCACUCCAAACAACGAUGUGAAUACCGAAUCUAUGUUCAACUUCAACAGCUUGACUGAAAUGAUCCGCAAUGACGACAAGGACCGAGAUGCGGAUCACGUCGAGUUCUUUGAGCAGAAGCCAGAAGAGAAAGAGCGCAAUCCCUCUGUUGCAUCAUCUUCAAAAUUUGAUGCCAUCUCAGGACUACCUCGAUUGAACGAGGAUGAGCGGGAGUCGGCAAGGCAUGGGGAUGCUGUACAAGUACAAGAUCAGACGACGCCCAAGAUGAAGCAAAGCGAGACAAAGCACGCAGGCGAUGUGAAUGUCUUGAACGGUACAAGAAUGUCGACUAAGUAGAUAGGAUCUCAUAAAGGGUAUAGCGUUGGUCAAAAAGACCGAACGAGCAAGCAUACGGCACGGCAUAUUCUAGGUUGAUUUGAUCGUCACAUGUUGGAAGCAUGAACAAGCACAAGUGGUGGCGCAAGAAGUCAAGUCUGAACUGUACUGUGAAAUAGGAAAGGAAGAAGACGGGGCCUUGUAUAGGAACAGGCGUUGAGUAGAUGGGAUUCUUUUCUAGCUCAGUAGUCGUUUGACACACGAACAUAUGCAAUCUUUUGUUCGUCCAUACGCCUUUGCA